AUGGUAUUUGCUAAAGAAGACGUUGAUUACUCUUUAUAUCUGGUGACUGACUCCGGUAUGUUACCAGAGGGAACAACCUUAUGUUCUCAAGUUGAGGCUGGUUUACAGAAUGGUGUUACCUUAGUACAAAUCCGUGAAAAGGAAACUGACACUAAACUUUUCAUUGAGGAAGCCUUAGAAGUCAAGGAACUUUGUUCCAAAUACAACGUACCAUUGAUCAUUAAUGAUAGAAUUGAUGUAGCUAUGGCAAUCAAAGCCGACGGUGUUCAUGUCGGACAAGACGACAUGCCAAUUCCAAUGGUUAGAGACCUUGUGGGCCCAGAUAUGAUUAUCGGCUGGAGUGUUGGAAAGGUUUCUGAGGUAGAACAAUUAGCUAAAUGGGGCCCUCACUUAGUAGACUAUAUCGGUAUUGGUACCCUUUUCCCAACUCAAACCAAAAAAAAUGCCAAAAAGGUACCAAUGGGCCCACAGGGAGCUAUUGAAAUUUUGGAUGCCUUGGAAGCAAGCAAUGCUACUUGGUGUAGAACAGUAGGUAUUGGUGGGUUGCAUCCAGAUAAUAUUCAAAGAGUUUUGUAUCAAUGUACCUCCACAAAUGGUAACAGAUCUCUUGAUGGUAUUUCCUUAGUCAGUGAUAUUAUGGCUUCUACUGAUGCUGCCGGAUCUACUAGAAUUUUACGUGCUUUGAUCGAUAAUGACAUAUUUAAAUUUGGAAACGAUUUGAAAGUAGGAAAUAAUGCUACACCUGAUGUAAAUGCAAUUCAUAGUGUCAUUGAGCAAGUAUCUCAAAAUAGGCCAUUAGUUCAACACGUCACUAAUAAGGUUCAUCAAAAUUUUGGUGCCAAUGUUACAUUAGCUCUUGGUUCAUCUCCAAUCAUGUCUGAAAUUGAAUCUGAAGUUGGUGAAUUAUGCCGUAUCCCUAAUGCGACACUUCUAUUAAAUACGGGUUCGGUUGCUCCGAUAGAGAUGGUCAAAAGUGCCGUCCAUGCUUAUAAUGAAGCACAAAGACCUAUAGUUUUUGACCCAGUCGGAUACUCAGCUACUACAACUAGAAAGAGCUUAAAUGACUCGUUAUUAUCUUACGGGCAAUUUUCCUGUAUUAAAGGGAAUUCAAGCGAAAUCUUAGGCCUUUCUGGUUUGAACAGUGGUAGUAUGAGGGGUGUCGAUGCGGAUACAAGUUUAAAUGAUGCUAGUCUACUAGCACAAGCUACUAAAAUUGUUGCUUUUAAAUUUAAAACCAUCGCAGUUUGUACAGGUGAAGUUGAUUAUAUAUGUGAUGGUACAUUUGGUGGAGCAUUCCAGAUAUCCAAAGCUACCGAUGGUGCCUCUGUUGACUCUUUAAUCGUAUACACUGUUCAAAAUGGUAAUAUUCCAAUCAUGGGUGAUAUCACAGCAAGUGGUUGUUCUUUGGGUUCCACCAUUGCUAGUUUGAUUGGUGGCCUAAGUCCAGAAGGUUCGGUCUUUGACGCUGUAGUAUCUGCAGUUUUACUGUAUAAAUCAGCUGGUAAAAAUGCAUCUUUAUCCUGUGAAGGAAGCGGUUCUUUCAAUGUACAAUUGAUUGACAAUCUAUAUCAACUAUUUCAUGAAAAUGAACCAUCUAAAUGGUCCGCUACUGUACAAAAAUUAUAA